GUCCGGCCGACGCUCGAGCUGCCGGGACACCCCGGCGUGUUCGCGGUGGGCGACAUCAUCCACUGGCGCGAGUGCAAGCAGGCCGCGAAGGGGAACGCGCACCUCGCCGUCGUCGCCGCAAACGUGCUGAGCCUCCUCGCGGGCCAGCCGCUCAAGAAGGAAUACAAAGGGAGCAUCGAGAUGAUUGUCAUCCCGAUUGGGAAGUCGGGUGGCGGCUCGUACUUCGACGUUCUGUGGGGUAUCAUGCUGGGGGACUGGUUCACACGCCUCGUCAAGGCAAAGGACUUGUUCAAAAUCACAACAAGCUGCGUCAAGGAAAACUGCGCGACACUAAAACUGAAAUAUGGAUAUCAGGGACAGGAGGUUUGCAUCCCAGAUCUGUACGACUAUCGCCGCAAGCGUAAGCUGCAGGUUCACAUCACUUGCGGGAGUCGCUUCAAGUGGCUCGUGUUCCCUUCAACCAUCACCCUCGAACUCAUCAAAAUCACAUCGCCGCUAGGUAGACGAUGGACACGAAACGGAUUGGAGUUCCCAGAGUCAGUUGCGUCUGUCUGCUCGCAGUGGAGAGCAGUCAUGUUCUCGGUGUCCAUAUUCUGGGCCGCCAUGCUCAUCACCGUCGACGAUAACCCCACACCGCAGUCUGUCAUUCGCCGAUAUCUUGCCCUGUCAAACAAGCGGCCGCUGAACAUCACCAUUUGUCGACAUGAAAUAGAGUUCGACCUCUUAAGAGCGCGCGUCUCUGAAGAUCCGGAAUAUCGUGCAAGGCUGGCCGAUCCUGUGGAGAAAUGGCGGAUGGCUGCUGUCAUGGACCUCCCUGACUCCGCACCAGGAUCGUUGGGAAAGACUUUCCGUUCACGUUGUACACACCUUGAACUCCUUGACGACGAGCUCCCCGAUGAUGACUACGCAUCAAAGCUUAAACUGGUGGACUUCAGACACAUGUCGGGCGAUGUACUGGAAAAUCUCAACGCUCUCUUGGAUUGGCCUGUACUCGAGGCUGUGGUGUACAACGACUGUUCGAUCCCAAGGCCCGCUGAGCUGUUCCGCGCCUCUCGAUAUGGUGCGAUUAAGUGCAUGCAGACUGAGCAGGAUGUUCUCAAUGUCCUGCGAGAUUGGGACGACGAGGAUUGCACGCGUCUUCACUUCACCAACAGUGCAUUCACGGAGAAUAUCAUCAAUGCCCUGUCCGAGCCACAGCCCGAUGGCAACUGGAUGUGCCCGUACUUGACCGACCUCGUCCUUUCUGGCUUCUGCCAGGGCUUCUCGAACUGUGAACCGGCGCAAGUCGCGUUCAUUCGCAUGGUCAAGAUCCGUCAUGCGAUGCACGCCAAUAUCGAAUCUGCCGAUUCAGAACACGCGGACUUUGCUGUUUCGUCUCUCCAGGAGAUCAAGGUGAAUAUUCAAGGAAUUGGCCAGGAGGUCAGCACGGAGGCUUUGGAAUGGCUUGAUGCCAAUGUCCCUUUCGUGACAUGGGGUGAUUGGUCCGGGGGAACGCAACAGUUCUCCGAUUCUGCUUCCAGCUCUGAGGAUGCGGAAGACUCAAGUGAAGAAUGA